AUGCCCUGGGAAUCGAUUGCCUCUGCUUGUAACAGAAAUGUGGAAAAAAAAGUGGAAAUGGAUUUGGUAACUACUACUCCAGAGAAUAAAUAUCCACAGUGGAUGCUUGCAGAAAACCAAGAGGGAGUUUUGGGUGAUAAAAAGAAGUCUGUUAUUCAGAGGAGCCUUUUGGAAGAUGGGCUGCCGUUCCUAGAGUUCUGCGGCUCCAUUGUUUACAGCUAUGAAGCCAGUGACUGUUCCCUCCUCUCAGAAGAUAUCAGGCAGAGUUUAUCAGAUGGGGCUGCUGUUGGAUUUGAUAUUGAAUGGCCACCGUCAUAUACUAAAGGAAAAAUGGCAAAAAUAGCUGUAAUCCAGAUAUGUGUAACUGAGGAGAAAUGUUAUUUGUUUCACGUAUCUUCGAUGUCAGGUUUUCCCAAGGGACUCAAAAGACUGCUUGAAGAUGAAACAAUUAAAAAGGUUGGCGUAGGAAUUGAGGGAGAUCAAUGGAAGCUGAUGAGUGACUUUGAAAUCAAACUGAAGAGCUUUGUGGAGCUGGCUGACGUUGCUAAUGAGAAACUGAAUUGUAAGGAGACAUGGAGUCUGAAUGGUCUGGUAAAGCACCUUUUUGGCAAGCAGCUUUUGAAGGAUAAGUCUGUCCGCUGUAGUAACUGGGAAGAGUUUCCACUCAACAAGGAGCAAAAACUGUAUGCCGCCACAGAUGCCUACGCUGGCUUCAUCAUUUAUCAAAAACUGAAGAAUAUGAAUAACAGUGACCGUAAACUCUGUGUCACAAGAGAUGACAUGUUGUCAGAGGGUGUGAAGGAGCGCUUGACUUCACUAGCUGAAGAGAUAAUGGACCUGGCUUCGCACAUCCCUGACUCUUCUGGACAACUUGAAAAUUUGCAGAGGGCCGCAGAAAUACUAGCUGACAUAUCGGCGAAUGUCAAUGCAUUAAGAAGCACACUGUCUGGUUCAGGUUACCCUUCUGUACUGGAGAGGAGCUGUGGUGCAGCUCCAACAAAUCUUGAAGCAGAGUCAGCAAACGUUGAAGUACAAAGAGGUCAAAAGCCUGAAUUUGCUAAACACCUUGAAGGUGACCUCAUCUGCUCUGAUGCUACGCUGGCUGGCCUCUGGGCGGGAGAUGGCAAUGAAGAAGAGGUGGAGAGAGGUAACAGUGUUGAGGAAGAUGAGGCUGCAGCAACCAGCUCUAAGGACAAUGCAGACAGAGAUGACUUCAUGUCGCUAGACAUUACUGAGCAAGAACUUCAGAUCUUGGAACGUCAGGCUGCGGAGGAAUUGGUCAACGAAGCUGCGCCUGAGGAAGCACGCUCCACAGACAACGAACAGAAUAUUUCCUGUGUCAUUGAAAGUGAUGAAGAACUGGAAAUGGAGAUGCUUAAAUCUUUAGAAGAUGUGGAUGACUCCAAAGGAGUUUUAACUGAAAGAGAGUCUGAUAAAGCCAGGAAAACUCCUGACAAAGAAUUGGAUGUUGCAUCAGAUGGUGAUGAAGAUGAAGGAAUUGAGGAAGAGGAGGAGGAAUGUUUGGAUCCAUUGCUACCAGUACCUAGUGAAAGUCACGUCGCAUGUCUGAAGACUUAUUUUGGGCAUUCUUCUUUUAAACCGGUCCAGUGGAAAGUGAUCGAUUCUGUUUUAGAAGGCAGAAGAGAUAAUCUUGUUGUCAUGGCGACUGGCUAUGGAAAAAGCUUGUGCUACCAGUUUCCUCCUGUUUACACUGGAUGUACAGGAAUUGUCAUCUGUCCUCUUAUCUCCUUGAUGGAGGACCAGGUGCUGCAGCUGACCAUGUCAGGGAUUCCAGCGUGCUUGCUUGGUACGGCUCAGCCGCAAAACAUCCAAGAAUGCAUCAAAGCGGGUCAGUACAGAGUCAUAUAUAUGACACCAGAGUUUUGUUCGGGGAACUUAAAGUUACUUCAGGAUCUUGACCAAACUAUUGGUAUUACCCUCAUAGCCGUUGAUGAAGCUCACUGCAUUUCCGAGUGGGGCCAUGACUUCAGAGAUUCCUUUAGAAGUUUAGGCUCAUUGAAGAAGACUCUGCCAUGGGUUCCCGUUGUGGCUUUAACUGCAACUGCAAGUCCAUCAAUUAGAGAAGACAUAGUGAAUUGUCUGAACCUGAAGAAUCCCCAGGUCACAUGUACUAGUUUUGACAGACCUAACCUGUACUUAGAAGUUGGACGACAGAGCGGAAGUAUCCUUAGGGAUUUGAAGCAGUUCCUUACUAGGAAAGGAAGCAGUUCUUCCUAUGAGUUUGAAGGCCCCACUAUCAUUUACUGCCCUUCGAGAAAGGCCACCAAACAAGUGGAAUCUGAACUGAUUAAACUCAAUGUGUCUUGUGGUGCAUACCAUGCUGGUAUGGGAAUCAAACAAAGGAGGGAGACCCACCACCAUUUCAUGAGGGAUGAAAUUCAGUGUAUUGUGGCUACAGUGGCAUUUGGAAUGGGCAUCAAUAAAGCAGAUAUCCGGAUGGUUAUUCAUUACGGUGCUCCUAAGGAAAUGGAAUCCUAUUAUCAAGAAAUUGGGAGAGCUGGUCGCGAUGGGCUUCCUGCUUCUUGUCAUGUCUUGUGGACGGCAGCAGACUUGACUUUUAACAGACGUCUUCUAAGUGAGAUACGCAAUGAAAAGUUCCGCUUGUACAAACUGAAGAUGUUGACAAAAAUAGAGACGUACCUUGUGUCGAGUGGAUGCAGGAGGAAAAUCAUCCUGUCUCAUUUUGAAGACAAACAACUCCGAAAGGUUUCUUCUGGCAUCAUGGGCACAGAAGAAUGCUGUGAUAAUUGCAGGUCCAGAGCCUCUUGUUUUGCAGUCCCCAGUGACUCAGAAGGUGGUUUACAGGACUUUGGGAAGCAAGCAUAUCAGCUGAUGUCAGCAGUGAGUGCCCUGGAAGAGAAGUUUGGAACUAGAGCUCCUAUUCUGUUUCUCCGAGGAUCUGUAAGUAAAAAUCCUU